AUGGCGCGGCAUGCGGCCGCCAUCGCAAUGUCUCUGACGGCGUUGCAGCCGCUGUGGCAGAGAGCCGGCCUGACGGAGCCGGGGCAGACCCAGGCGCUCCCAGUGCAGACCAUGCCGGGGAGCGCGGAGGCGGCGGAGCAGCUCAAGAGCCCGGAGCGCUACGACAUCGCCAGCGGCUCCCCCGCCAUCAGCGACCGCACCACCGAGACGUACAAGUUCGACCCGGCGUUCAAAGGCGAGUGGGGGAUCGAGUACCACGCCCGCACCGCGGCGCUCGAGCCGGUCCCCGGCUUCCCGGCGCUCGCCCCGGAGUCGCUGCAGCCGGACCCCGCCGCCCCGGGCUCCGCGGGGAGCCCCGCCGGCGGGCGCUCGCAGCCGCACGCCGAUGCCGCGGUGCCGCCGGUUCACGCGGCCGUGAGGUACCCGGAGGCGGUCUUGAGGGCGCCGUGCGGCACCUGCCUGAACCUCUACAGCAGCGAGGCGGUGUCGGCGGCGCUGUGCCGCAUGCUGCCGGUCACUCCAGCGCCGGCGCCCCUGGUGGAGACCAAGGCGCUGGCCCCGGACGUCGACGCGAUGCAGACGCAGCUCGACGUGCUGACCCAGCGAGUGCAGUCCCUGCUGGACGUGCCGGCGCCGCCGUCCCUGGAGGCGCUGAUGGACCUGAUGGACGCGAUGCAGACGCAGCUCGACGGGCUGACCCAGACCGUGGGCGCUACGACGCCCGCUCCGGCCCAUAAUGAGAUGCAGUCGCAGCUCGCCGACCUCGCCCGGCACGUGCAGGACUUGAAGGCCAGGCCGGUUCCGGCGCCCCCGGAGGAUGCCAUGCAGCUGGCCAGGGCCAUUGACGAGAUCAAGGGGCAGAUCGCGCCAUUGGAGGCGCACGUGAAGGACCUCCAGGAUGUGUUUUCGCAGCUGGAGGCGAAAGGCAAUGCAUUCGAGGCGAAGGUGCUGAGAGAGAUUGCGCCCAAGCUGCAGACGCUCGCCGGGUAUUUCGGCGCAGCUGCUUCGCGACCGGCUUCUGAGAAGGGGCUGGCCGACUAA